CGUCUCCAGGUGACAGGCUUUAAUCCCCGCGUGUCCUCAGUCCUCGGUGCCCAGCCCCGCUUCUCUCUACCUGCUGUGUCCCCACAGACAUUGGAAAGGUGUGUCCCGCCGCCCCCAAGCCCCUGCCGGAUCCACGCGAGCCCGCCUAGGCCGCGCAGGGGCGGGGCGAGCGCGGUGACGCGCCCGUUGCCAUGGGAACCCGCCGCCCGCUCCGGCGCAGGGGCUGAGGCCGGAGCUGCAGCCGCCGCCGGCCUGCCUGCUCCCGGCUCCUGCGAGCCGUGGGGCCCGGCCCCCGGGGCGGCAGGGGGAGCCAGGCCGGAGAGACCCCGGGAGCGGGCGCUGCCUCCGAGGGAGAACCUGUCCUUCUAGUCCCGAGCCGCCGCCACUGCCACUGCACCCGGCAGGGACGAGGACACGCGGGACCGCGCGCCUCCGCCCGCAGCCCAGACGCGGACAGCUCGGUCCACUCCCGCCCCAGCGCCGCUCGGCCUCGGCCCGUCCGCGACCUCGGCGCCUCCGCAGCCCCGGCAGGCUCAGGCUGCAGCCCCGGCGCUCUCCUCUGCCUCCGCCCCCGCCUCCUCCGCCUCUGCCGCAGCCUCUGCCUCGGCCUCCCGCCCCACUCCGGCCGCCACCGCAUUGGGGACCGCGACCCAGGCCUCCCCGGGCUACGGCCUCGGCGGCCUGGCCGUGGACACGAUGCUGCCCAGCUCCAUUCAGAUAUCGGGAGAACCUCUGUCUGGCGCCGAAGUGCGGGACAUCUGCCGCGGCCUGCGCGACAACGCCGUGCGCCUGCUCUCACUGCGUGGCUGCCGCCUCUGUGACCGCGACUUCGGCCGCAUCUGCCGGGCGCUGGCCGGGGCCACGUCCCUGGCGCAGCUCAACCUUAAUCUGGGUGUCGUGUCCAGCCCCAGCCGCAUCAAGCAGCUGGCAGAAGCGCUGAGGACCAACCGCUCCAUCCAGUCCCUCUUCCUGCACGGAAGCCCCCUCACCGACGCGGGGCUGGCAUUGCUGAACCCGGCCCUGGCCCUGCACCCGGCUUUAGUGGCUCUGGACCUAGGAGACUGCAUGUUGGGUGAUGAAGCCAUCAACCUCAUCUGUGGCCUGCUGCCCCCGGAUGGAGCCAAGUCCGGCCUCAAGGAGCUGACGCUGAGUGCCAACCCUGGCAUCACCCCUAAGGGCUGGAGCCGCCUCGCCAUUGCCGUGGCCCACAGCUCCCAGGUCCGCGUCCUCAAUCUGGACUACAACCCCCUGGGUGACCACGUGGCAGGGAUGCUAGCCGUGGCAGUGGCUUCUAGCCGCACCCUGGAGGUGCUAGACUUGGAGGGUACAGGACUUACCAAUCAAUCAGCUCAGACCUUGCUGGACAUGGUAGAAAAUUACCCGACAGCUUUGCGGAGCCUGGUGUUGGCAGAGAACAGCAUCAGUCCCGAGCUCCAGCAGCAGAUCUGUGAUCUCCUCUCCGAGGGCGAGGAAGAGGAGGAGGUGGCAGGAGGGCCUGGCGACACCCAGGAAUGGGAGAAAGGACGGGAGCCUGCUGCUGCCCGCCAUCAGGGCAGCAGCUCCUGGAGAUCCCAGCUCUCAGAUGGUGCUCAUGACGUCAGGACUAGGGGACAGUCUGUUGGCGGAGACCGAGAUGUGACAUUCCACUUGGGCUUCUACACACCGUUAACAUUUGUCUGUGUGUCCCCAACACGUCACCCUGGAUCACAGGGCCAGGCCCUCGGGGAAGGGGCACCCAGGGCUCUGGCAGCUCUUGGCAGUGUGUGUGUGUGUGUAUGGGGGGAGGGGCGGCUCUGGAAGCUGUGACUGGGCGACAGCCCUGGAGGAGGGAGCACACUAGAACCCAGGGCAAUGCCUCUGGACUUGUCAGCAGCUCUGGCUGCAACCCGCUGGCUGGGAAGAGAUUUUAUGAACUCUACAA